GAGUUCGAGCAACCGAUUCCUGGAUUCGCACCAUCAGCUGCUGCUUCUCUGUCACCUGGCUGCAUCCUCCAAGCACAUCCCUCUUCUCAAACAAAGCAGGAGAUCGUUACAACACGCCACUGGUUUGAUUGCUCAACAACCGACUUCGAUCACGUCAACGACGAGCCCACAACCGACUCGCCCAUGGUCCGAUCUCUGCACAAUCUCAUUGAGUCGGCACGACUAGCCAAGACUACGUCGUCAUCGAACUCUGGUUCCAGUGGCCAGAGUGCUGGUGUGCGCUUUAUUGCGACGCUAGUUCACUCUCUGCUGACGCAUUAUCGACCACCCAGAUGGGCUGAUCUGCCGGAAGGUCUCCAAGCUAUGGAGCAUCUGAAGGACGCGCACAUGAUUACCCUGAGGCACCUUCUUUCCUGUGAACAGAGCUCGUGGGUUGCCAGAGAAGUGACAUGCUAG